AACUCCGUUCUAAUGUGUCAGUUCGAGUGUAGUGGAGUGUGGUCGUGUUUUUGUUUUAUGAAAUUCUGCGGUAUCGUAAAAUGUUUCAAAACGCAGAUUUACUUUUACAUAGCAGUUAAUUUGGACAUUUACUUACAGUGAUAGUGUAUAAUGGAAAUGCCGUGAUAAAAAAACUUAUAUAAAACCAGUGUCCAUCAUGGCAAACUACAUAGUAGCACUAUUACUGGUGCGGCUGGUCUUGCCUGCAGGUCUUUUGCUAAGUAUAGCUAUCCGACCAUUUGGCCUAUCGAUUUUUUACUUGAUACUGUACCUACUAGCACCGUUAACAGAAUUACCAAACUCACGAACUUUUAGCGGAUGGCGCGGAAAGAUCCUCUUCUUAAAUGUGUUUGUUUCAUUUACAUUGUUGCUAAGCCAUGCCGUAUAUCACACAAUCUUGGCAGUAUUUGGUCCCUACGGAUCUUUACUGACCGAUUACCCGAUUAUACAGGUGAUCGGUCACAACCUGGGCCUGGUUUCCUAUCAAAUGAUAGAUCCACUCAUGGCCGUGCAUUACAUGUCACCUGAGUUUGUAAUGACUUCGACAUCUCUCUUAGUAUACAUGCUGGUAAAACGAUUAGUUAUGGGUUCCGAAGAUAAUCUCCUUGCAAAGGAUAAUAAAUUUCAGGCUUAUCCACUUCUGACGAGCGCUGGGAAAUAUGUAUGUCUCUUCCUAAUAAUGUUCUCUGGCAUUAUGCGGCCGAGCGUCACGUCUGGGAUAUACUUCUUGGUGUUCAUGGGUGUAGCGACUGCGUGGUCGCUCGGCCAGCCGCUAGGAAAAGGCUUUGCAGUUGUCAGCCGCUGCAUAAUGGCCAUCAUGGCUGUACAUGUAAUGGUUCUCCUCGCCUAUCAGUGUUCAUUGCUGACUGAGCUUUAUCCACCCGAUAAGGACUUUGCUAGGUAUUUUGGGCUAACUAAACUAGUAAUAAUCAACGAAACAAACCCUUCAGGAUUUAUUUAUGAAGUCACGGAUGACCACAUGUGGGCGACGCUAGCCAGUCCUCUAGUCAUAUUGAUAACUUAUUUUGUUCUCGCUAUUGAAACCAGAGAAUUGUUCAAACCAAAGGCGAGAAAAAAGAGCGCCUUAACAGGCUUAGAAGCGGGCAAGCUGAACGGUUCUCUGGUGCGGGUCGUAUCCUUCCACCGCGCCAACCGCCGAGCCACUAAAGAUAAAUGGAAGAAUGCCACUAAAAAAGUUCGAUUAAUGGGAACGGGAACUACCUCGAAGCAGUGGGCAGGCACGCCCGUGCCUUCCACGACGAGGCAGCUGCAUCAAGACUCUACUGGCUCCGUCAUAGUUAACGAUGAGGAUUCUUCAGCUGAAGACGAUGAGCCAACUCUGAUGGAAGACAUUAUUGCUGCUAUUAUUGAUUUUUUCCAAGUUCUAGUCAGAUCAUCGUACAUAGCGACGACAAUAACAAUGAUGGCAUGGAGUAUAAUGUUCCAUUCUUGGUUAACGUUCGUCUUCCUGAUGUGGGCGAAUAUCGUGUGGCUGUGUCAGGACCAGCGCUCGUUCAUGCUGAAGACAAGUCCUAUAUUAGUGUGUUAUGCGAUGUUAUUGCUCAUAGCACAGUACAUAUAUGGCAUGAACCUUACUGAAGAAGAAUUGCCUAAUGAUAUAUCGGAAGUAAAUCUCCGUCAGAUUGGCGUAGGUCGUUCGAGUGGUGAGCCAUGCGUGCCUCUGUUAAUUAAGUCGCUGUUCACGUGCAUGUUCUGGGUGACGCUGCGCCAGCGCAUACAGGACAUGCGACAGCGGCGACAGUCCACCGUCAUCACUGAUAUGGCAGCGCCCUUGCAGCUCACCGUCUCUGCUGCGGCUAGCGUAAUCGAAGCGCAGCGCGAAGAAGAAAAGCGUUCUCGAUUGCUGCGAGCUCUAGGCGAGCUGCUGAGGGCCGCGUGCGCCCGCUACUGGAUAUACGUGGUCGUCAUCAUGCUGUUCGUGAUCGGUAUCACCGGCGACCGCAUGACCAUCUUCCGGAUCAUAUACAUGUUCCUCUUCCUCGCCUUCAUACUUAUGUUCCAGAUAAGUUGGUACUGGUGGCGUCGUACAAUGUACAUGUUCUGGAUAGUAGUCAUUAUAUACUCUAUGAUAAAUCUUAUACUGAUAUACGUGUAUCAGUUCGAUAACUUUUCAAAGAUGAUAGAAAAGUACUUGCUUAUUAAUGAGAGAUUACAGCAUGACUUGGGGCUAGAACCGUAUCACCCAGCGGAUCUAUUCGUCAAAUUAUUAACACCAACGUUGUUCCUUAUAAUAACAAUAAUGCAGGUCCAUUAUUUCCAUAAAGAUUUCAUUGCGUUAUCAGACCCUAGGACAAGGACAAAUAGUGUAGCGAAGGAAGUAGUCGAUUCAAGAAAGCAGAGCAACGCUGGUGCGUCGACCAUGAGAGAUGAUGUACCGAAUCUGCCGUCUGAGGACGAACGAUCACGAACAAGAGAAAACAGCAACACGGAGAUGCACUCUAUUGAGAUGUCUUCAGUGAACACUGCAGCCAGACCUUCUAUUAUAAAGAAAAUAUCCCACUCACGUUCAUAUUUACCGACAGUCACAGAUCGACCCUCUACUGGGUUACGAACAUUAUUGAAAAAAGCUUUCAAAACGUCAAAAGAAAUUAUAAGAAUCUGGAUAGAUAAAACAUUUAAAUACCUGGAUAUACACCUUAUUAAAAUUGUGUUUAUUUCUUUAAUGCUCCUUUGUGUUAUGAAUGUAUGCGCUAUGCACGUUCCUAUAAUAGUACUAAUCUCGCCUGCCAUGUGGCUGAAUUCACAAAAGCAAAGAUUAUGUGUGUUGUUCAUAUCGACGCUAAUAAGUGUCUACUUUAUGGCUAAAAUGGUUUAUCAGAUCGAUUACAUCAAGCAUUCGUUAUUUGAAGUCAACUGUACGAAUCCCGAGAGAACUGUAAAUUCAACCCGUAAUUUUACGACAUUUAACAAUGCUGAAUGGAUAGGUUUCUAUAAAGCUACACCUACUAAGCCGCUAGUGGUUGUGCUCAAAGGUUACAUCGGCCUUUUAGCCGUCUUCACUUUCUACUCCUUAGUUACAUACAGACAGAAAUCGCUAAGAUCUAUUUUACAAAAAGGUAGGGAUAAAGUCAUGUUUCCAGAAAUAACGCGCAAGGAAGCCGACAUAGACGUAAUACAUUGUGUAAAGUAUUUCAUAAACUACGGAUUUUACAAGUUCGGUGUAGAGAUCUGCAUGAUCUGCCUGAUGGGCGUGAUCGGGUCCCGCAUGGACGUGUACGCGGUCCUGUACGCGGGCUGGCUGCUGGUGCUGGUGUCGAUGCCGCGGCUGGCGCAGGCGCGCGUGUGGCCCACCUUCACGGCCUGCGUCACCAUCCUGGUGCCGGCGCAGUACAUGAUCGCCGUCGGCUUCCUGCCGCAGUUCUGCGUCGCCUACCCCUGGGAUGGCAGCGACCAGCAACUGAAGCACGUUCGAUCAUGGUUGUUCCUUCCAUACGCAGAACAUCCACCACAUGCGUACAAAAUUGUUUUUGAUUUCUUCCUCCUGUUAUUUGCUACUCGGCAAUUGAAAGUUUUUCGUGUGGAAAAAAGAGAAGGUAGCACGUAUGCCGGUGGCUCAAACAGCGAAGAUAUUGGGAAAGAUUGGGAGACGCCUAACUUUGUCAAUCCCGUGCCGGAUUUCCUCAGUUACGUCGGCUCUUGGCUUGACGUCAUUAAGCGUAUGGUGUUCUUGGGAAUGUUAUGGGUGACUCUGGCGAUCAUGUUCAUGACUGGCACCAACCGAGUCAACCUUUUCUCUAUGGGCUAUCUCAUCGGAUCAUUCAUAUUCCUUUGGCAAGGAACCGACUUCUAUCUUCGACCCAAAGAAGCUAUAUUGCAAUGGUGGUCAUGGCUACUUCGGUACAAUGUGACAGUGGUGGUAGUAAAGACGCUGCUACAGAUCCCAGGAUGUAUCUUCAGCUCGGUAAUGCAGGAACAUGCUUGCUGGCUCGUUCAACUUCUUGGUAUCGGAUGCGUAGACAAGUUCGCUGGUGGGAACAUUGCUAGGUUCAUCAAAAUGCAGUACACGAAAGUAAAUGAGGCUACUUGUUCUGUCCCUCAAGAAGAUAUCGGACUUGCGUGGGAUGGUGUAUGUUUUGCAUUCCUGAUAUUGCAAAGACGGCUUUUCCAUAGCUACUACUUUUACAGAGUCAUUGAUGAAAGUAAAGCUACAACUGUUCUUGCAUCACGAGGUGCAGAACUUAUAGAAGAGCUAAGACAGAAGCAGAUGAAAGUGCAAGAGGAUCAAGAAGUAAAAAUAUUAGAGAAAAUAAAAGUCAAGAUGGAAAGAAUAAAAGCAAACCAGAAGAAGAUACAAGGGGUCAUGUCAAAAGAGCCGCAUCAUCAUGACUAUGGAACUGAGUCAGGUCCCUCGGAUAGUCGCCGCGUGUACACAAAAAGACACGAAGUGCGGGACAGACCAACGUAUAAGCCGCCAGCAAGCCAUCAAAAGGCUAUUCGGUCCGGAGACUAUUACAUGUUCGAUGAGUUCGACGAUACGGAGAUUCAUAUGAAAGAUGACGAAUCGAGCUCGGACGAAGACGCUCCUAGAGAAAUGGGAAUUGGCAAGCUGCUGUCGACGGCGAUCAAGACGGACUUGAAGCGCGCCGUGUCGCUGCGGCGCGCCUCCAUGCCCAAUGUCCGCUCCAACCGACGCCUCUCGCUCGCCAGCUAUCCGCACUCCUACCAGCAAGAGGUGAGGCGUAAGUCAUCACCGAAGUCGAUGCUAGGUGGCGAUGCUCAAACGACGGAGAAGAGCGGUGAGGGACCAUCGUCAGAUAUAGAUGAAUACGCGCCCUUACCGGAACAAGAAGAGACAAUAGUAGAUAAAAUAAAACGAUACGGAGAAACGGGGUGGGCGUUAGUAUCGAGCUUCUUAGUAUCGAUUACUCGAUACCUGAUGAAGUACUCACGAGAUUAUCGAUAUGUAUCGCGGACGCUCUCGAUGGAGAAGAAAAUACUGAAGGAAAAAGAAGGUUUCGGGAUGGGAUUGAGAGAAGGCUCGCAGAUGAUAUGGGAACCUCUACCUGAGACACUAGUAACGCACCGUAAGUUAAGCGAGAUAAGCGUCCCGGAGAUUCGCAUCCUGGCGCCCAGCAUGGAGCGCGGCCUGGACCAGUCACCGCCGCCGCGCCACGAGCCUCCCGCGCCCCACACGGGCCCUGCACCCCACGCCGCCCCCGCGCCUCUCUCGCUGUCCUCGGGCAGCGCCAAGCACGAUGACGACACCUCCGAGCACGAGAGCGCGUUUAGCUUGCAGUCCAGCCAGAGUAAGGAUGUUACAACACUUGAGGAACAAGACGACUCCAUGUUCAAACAGGAUCGCUCGCCGUUCGUGCACCUUGGCUACGCGCUUUGGUACACUGUACUAGCGCAUACCGAUAUAGUCUGCUACAUCAUGGUCUUUAUUAAUCAGAUUCAAUCGGCAACAAUACUAUCAAUUCCCUUGCCACUAAUGGUCUUUAUGUGGGGAACCCUAACGAUACCACGACCUACAAAAACCUUUUGGGUAACGCUAAUUGCGUACACUGAGGUGAUUGUACUUAUAAAAAGCAUGUUCCAAUUCGAGAUUUUGCCAUGGAAUCAGAAGGCAAUACCGGCGAAUAUGCCAUUUACAGCACCGCGUAUUAUUGGUAUCGAAAGAAAAUUUAAUUACGCUCUCUACGAUCUACUGCUACUGCUCAUCAUAUUUUUACACAGAUUUAUGUUAAAAUCCCUUGGUUUAUGGAAAGAAUCGACACCUGAGAUCGAGUUGCGAGAAGACAUGGAAUAUCCUUUGAAUCCUGAAGACACGCAGCUCGUGGUAGAGGGGCGUAUCAAUGAAGUGGGCCGGAAAUACGUCAAGAUGCACGACCAGACGGGCCCAUCUGAAGAUAUACCGGAAGUCGGAUUACCGAGAAACCCUGUGGCUUAUGAUGAAGGUGGUUCCGCAUCCGCCUCGUACUUUGAUGGGAAUGAGCCUGGACCCUCGAAAACGCAGGAUGAUGACCACUAUAAAGUGGAUGAUGAUCAAGAACCGAUUAUUGCUGUAACAACAACCUUGGAGGACACCUACAAGCAUUAUCCUGAAGUUAUGCUACUGUCAAUAAAGCGUUACCUGAGGCCGACGCACCGCUUCUUCCAGCGCAUGCUAGCGCCGGGCGCGCGCGUCACCGCCGACAUAUAUGCCUACAUGUUCCUUUGCGACUUCUUCAACUUCCUUGUUGUUAUAUUUGGAUUUGCCGCAUUUGGGACGCACCAAGGCGACGGCGGCGUACAAGCUUACUUGGAGGAGAACAAAGUGCCGAUACCGUUCCUGGUAAUGUUAAUCCUCCAGUUCGCGCUCAUCAUUAUAGACCGCGCACUGUACCUGCGCAAGUUCAUGCUCGGCAAGAUACUGUUCCAAUACGCGCUCAUUAUAGGCGUACACAUCUGGAUGUUCUUCGUACUGCCGUUUAUAACUGAAAGGACGUUUAACGCUCUGCUGCCGCCGCCGAUGUGGUACAUGCUGAAGUGUAUCUACCUGCUACUGUCCGCGUACCAGAUCCGCUGCGGCUACCCGCGUCGCAUCAUCGGAAACUUCCUCUGCAAGUCUUACCACUUCCUCAACAUGAUAUUCUUUAGAGGGUUUAUGGCAAUACCAUUCUUAUUUGAGCUACGAACCCUCAUGGAUUGGAUAUGGACAGACACGUCCAUGAAUCUUAUGGAUUGGCUCAAGAUGGAGGACAUAUUCGCCAGCGUAUUUCUGCUAAAGUGUUCUCGUUACGUGGAGGAUGAGUUCCCUCAGCCUCGCGGCUCGAAGAAGUCUAACACUUCCAAGUACCUGUUGGGUGGUGGCGUAUUGGCCUUCGUCAUCGCUAUCAUUUGGUUCCCGCUCGUGUUCUUCGCUUUCGGCAAUUCGGUCGGUCAACCCAAUCCACCCACCGAUGUGACUGUCAAAAUUCGCAUCGGGCCUUUUCUGCCUGUUUAUCAAAUGUCUGCACAAUCACACAAUAUUGAUAUCUUUACGGAACAAGACUACUCUCAGCUGAGCAACAUGUAUGCGCGCGACCGCAACGCGCAGACGUUCCUGUCCAACUACAUGUACAACGACGUGGCCGUCAUCACCAUCAACCCGAACUCCACGCUCAAGUGGGAGAUCUCACCGCCAGAGCUCGAGCGGUUACAGCGAGAAGCCUUGUCCAAUGCAACUUUACUAGUGAAGUUCACGUACGUGAUCACGCACCCGACGAACGCGGUCCCGAAUCCACCGACUAUAGAGGACCAUAGAGAAGUGCCUCUAGAGGCAAAUAUAGACGGAAAGCCCAACCCCGAGAGAGAGACACUGCUGAAGCUGCUCACUGAAAACACUUCGAAUGAUGUCUGGUUAAACGUUAAGUACUUGUUCCCGAAAUUUGUGAAAGUAUUCAACAAGGGGACCACAAAGCCGGCAUAUCAGUUAAUGCCCGUGCCACCAGAGGACGGUGAGUUAAUAGAGGAUGAAGAUGCAGAUGCACGUCUCUACCGCGACGUCCAGCUAAGAUUAGAGAAAGUUAAUGACGUCAUGUAUUGGCGUGUUCGGGAGUCUUGUUCUGUGCGGGACCCAUUAACAUCAGUGCCGUUAAAUAACUGCGAUAUGCUUGUGAUGUACACUUUUAACGACAAGCUGUUCCCAGAGACACUUAACUUCAUAUCGGGCAGCGGAAUCAUUGGGCUGUAUACAACGUUCGUGUUCUUGGCGUCACGUGUACUGCGUGGUUUCUUCUCGGGCAUCUACACAAAGAUCAUGUUCGACGAUCUGCCCAACGUCGACAGGGUGCUGCAGCUCUGCCUUGAUAUUUACCUGGUCCGUGAAGCCCUGGAACUUGCUUUAGAGGAGGACCUCUUUGCCAAAUUGGUGUUCCUGUAUCGCUCUCCAGAAACUAUGAUAAAGUGGAGUCGACCAAAGGAAGAUGCGAACGUUGAACAACAGGCUUUGCCGCCAUCACAAUAGACGGACUAAUAUAACUUUAUGGGAAAGUAAUAAUCGAGCCUAAUUGCCUACUGCUGAAGCUAGUACAAUUACUGUUGCUAUUCCUGGAUUUGUCACUGGACAUUCUAGCUAUAUACUUACGAUAUAUACCUACCUACUAGCUAUAUUUUUAUACUUUUAACUCCUAGUCUCUGUAGAUCAUCUACAAAAGUUUAGUAGUUAAAAUAUGUUAUGUACUAUUUUUAGGAUAUAUUUUACAAGAUAGUAUAUGAAAGUGUGUCCUGGAAAUAACAAAUUUCAUUUAAAAAAUCAUGAUGUAAUAUCACGUUAAGAAGUACAAGAAUGACGCCAGUCCUGUCCUUUAAAAACUGAUCUAAAUGUAAUUAUUAAAUCUCAACAUGACUGCAUCCAGCAACACGUUACAUCGAUGAUAGAUACGUAUAAGUUGUACAGUAAGAUAGUUAUAAUUUAAGAAUAAUCAUGGUGCAUAUAUUAUUACUGUUUAGAAUUGUUUAAUUAGCGAAAUCUUGCAAUUGUGUUACCUACUAUCCAGGGAUCCGGGAUCCCAUACCGCAAUAAAACUUAGGGCGUUCGCUUAUUUUAUGUAUAGAUAAUAAUCAACGAAGUUAAAUUGUCUGUUUCACUGUAAAUAAAGGUGAUCGUUUCCAACUAAGGGCACUAACCUUAUAUUUAUUUAUUUAAACGCACAAGCUGAAGGUUCUUGCAUGGAUUUAAAUGUGCAUUUCUUGUCCAUAAAGUUAGGCACAUAUUUUACAAAAUAAUUAAUGCAUUUUAAUGUUACCUCCUUCUUAUGAGCUCGCAAUUGUUACGGUAUAAUUAAAUUAACGUUAAAUAAUACUAUACACCUACUACAAAAGCUUUUAUAUGUAUAUUUUUGUUCAAUAUUAACAUAAGGGAUCUAUUUCACCAUGUACUUAAAAUCUCCAAGUGCAAUGUUAUUUACGAAUUUAGCUAUUUAUUUUGUAAAUGUGUUUUUUUUUAUAUUUUAUUGAUAUUUUAUUUCGUCCGUUAUCAAGUAAACAUAUUCGUUUAUUCUCUAUUUACACCGCAUUUUACAACUCUUUUUAUAUAACAUACUUAAAUUAUUCGAGUAAGAGGUUUAUACAUAUUGUACACUUUUGUAUUAUGGUUGUUGUGUUUAAGCUGCAUUUAAUGUUGUCGGUUUGUGAUAAUAAAAGUCGUAAUGAAAUGUUAAAA